AUGGUACUUGUACAAGCAUUUGGGUUAUCUGGUAUCGCGGGUUAUAUCGCCGCGUAUUUUAUUUUCUUCGCAUUUGGUGUCCUAACUGUUUCCAUUCUCGUACUUAUGGAAGGGCUUUCCGCUUUUCUGCAUGCACUUCGUCUCCACUGGGUGGAAUUCCAGUCAAAGUUCUAUCUCGGACUUGGCUAUCCGUUUAUGCCUUUCUAUUUCAAAGAAGUACUGGCGAAAGCAAGCGCGGCUUCUGAUUCCUAA